GAAUUUUCCCCGAUGAUUGUCGCUUCGCGCCGAAACGAUUUCGCCACGAUGUCACCGGUUAAUUCCGAUAAUUCUCUCCUGAUACUGAGCGUUCAAGACGGUUCAGAAACGUCCGGGAAUGUCUCGCCCCUAACCCCUUCACCAAGAAGCGAAGUUAAAGGAAUCAGAUUGUUUAGAGUGAUAAGCAGAAAACUUGCCAGAAGAUCGACAGAAGAUUUUCAAAGCACCGACGAGAGCAGAUCAUCGAGUUCAGACAGUUCCUCUUGCUCAACAUCUGUAGGACACACUUCACGCAUCGAAAAAGAACGUUCUUUAUCACCCAAUCACAUAUCAUCAAGCUCGAGUGACUCAGGCAGCGAUAUCCAGACGCUGAGAAGCCGACAUCACCACUCUACGUCAGCAGAGAGCUUGAGGAAAGCUUUCCAGAACCUGAAUUUGUACAGUAGGUCUCAAAGUUGUUCCAACACGAAAGAGUUAAAGAAGAAAAAAGAAAAAAGAGUUCAGAAAAGUAUCCUGAGGACACCAACGAGUUAUGCUUACUUGAAAGGAAUGUCUGGGUUGCCUACUCAAAGGAUUCCUCGGCAUCAACUUCAAGCCUACAACAGUUGUUCGUGUAGCAUGCAUUAUUUAGGGAGUCUGCAACGAUAAACUUUGUGAAAUAUAUCAAGUAAUUUUAAGGGUAGUUUUAAACAAGAAAAAGACUGUUAAUGUUAUAAUGUAUGAGGGUUGUUGUCGACUGAUUUUUAAUGUACUAUAAGAAAAUUUCGUUCACUAGUUUUUAGGUAAACUAAUCACCUUGUAAAUAUCUGUUUUUAUAACUAACUGGUCAAUCUACACCAUAUUCUAAAUGUAUAUUUAUAGAUUAUAAGGUUUAGGGACUAAAUUUUUUAUUACACUGGAAAAUGUAGUGUGAUAUCACAAAACUGUUCUUUUGUUUGUUAUUGUUUACUCUAAGCACUUUUA